AGCAAGUUGAAUGCUUACGGUGUGAAGCUACUCUGGCCCAUGUUGAGCAGCAGGUGGCUAGCUAGGAAUACGUGGAUGCUGCCAGGCCAGCAAACUGGGCUCUGUUGACACAUUCAAUCUGUAAAUACAAACAAGAAAGGCUGACGGCUCACCUUCAUAUUCAAAGCCAGCAACAUAGCAUCUUCAAGACUGUCUGUCUCUCUUCUCCUACUCCCCACCCUCACCCUCACCCAUACUCCUGCUUCCCUUGCCACAUCUCCUCACCUCUCACUACUAACUAUAAUCUUGACAGCCUCGGAGCACCAGGUGUUUCUUCCAUGGUGCUGUUAGAGCGGUUCCAAUACCAACCUUUAGCUUAGGAGUCAAAUGCAAAUCAUUUGUGCUACCCAGGGGCCAAAACAAGUAAACGGGAACUUUACAAUAUAGGACGCUAAAAGAAAAAAAACAUAUGGAACAUAUCUGGGUGAAAUUUAGACAUCAUAAAAUGUCCCUCUUCCCAUCUCAAGAUCCUUAGCUUAAUCUUGUCUAUAUAGUCCCUUUUGCCACACCAGGUUCUGGAUCUACAAGUUCCAGGGAUUAGGACAUGGCCCUCUCUGGGUCAGGGGACCAUUCUGUCUGCUACAGAAACUCAGGACCUGGGACCUGUGAUGACUGGAAGGUAAAAUUUGAGAGGCUACAGAUGAGAGUGGAGCAAGCUGCUUACGACCCCUGAUUCCCUGCAAGUAAGAGUGAAUGGCCGGCCUUUGGGAUUGACUGAGCAUUAGGUUCAGCAAAAAGAGAAAGUAUUCCCAGGACAAGACCCCGGGCCAAAGUACACUGAGUGCUGCCACGGGUGGUUCUCCCACUGCCUGCUGGUUCAGGAAACACAUUGUCUUCAUCAGAAUGGCAGCCGUGGUUCUGUCCCCCACUUGUGCUCAAUCUGCUCUAUACCCGGCCUCUCAUCAAAAAGGAGCCACAGAGAAAGAAGAAUUGGUCAAUGGGUUCCUAACAAGCUGGUUACAGGAUUUGGUGACCUUUGAAGAUGUGGCUGUGGAGUUCACCCAGGAGGAGUGGGCAUUGUUGGACUCUUCACAGAGAAAACUACACAGAGAUGUAAUGCUGGAGAACAGCAGGAACGUGGCAUCACUUGAUUUGGAGAGUAUACUUAAAACCAAAGCGCUAACUCCUAAGCAGACUGUUUAUAGGAACGAGCAAACUAAACUUAAGAAAACGGAGAGAAAUCAUCUUGGAGUGAAGCUCAAUGAAUGUAAUCAGUGUUUUAAAGUCUUCAGCACAAAAUCAAACCUUACUCAGCACAAGAGAAUUCACACUGGAGAAAAACCCUAUGACUGUAACCAAUGUGGAAAAUCCUUCAGCAGUAGCUCUUACCUUACUGUUCACAAAAGAAUACAUAAUGGGGAGAAACCCUAUGAAUGCAAUGACUGUGAAAAAGCCUUCAGUAAUUCCUCUUCUUUUAAAUUGCAUAUGAGAAUACACACUGAUGAAAAACCCUAUGAAUGUAAUCAGUGUCUUCGUGUCUUCCGUACUAGAUGUAGCCUCAAAAUGCACAAGAGAGUUCAUACAGGAGAGAUUCUCUAUGAGUGCAAUCAAUGUGGAAAGACCUUCAGCACACGAUCUUCCCUUACUGUGCACAGUAGAAUUCACACAGGGAUAGGAAAACAAGUGGAUAAACCUAGUUUGAUCUCCCAGUUGCAACAAGACCGGAUGAGGACAGAAAAGAGACUAAUUCUCCCAGAUUUACAACCUGUACUUAAAGCCAAUGAGCUAAUUUCUAAGCGACCUGUCUAUAAAAAAGAACAAUCUAAAUGUGUGAAAAUGGAGAAAAGUCAUCAUGGAGUGAAACUCAAUGAAUGUAACCAGUGUUUUAAAAUCUUCAGCACAAAAUCAAACCUUACUCAGCACAAGAGAAUCCAUACUGGAGAAAAGCCCUUUGAUUGUAGCCAAUGUGGAAAGUUCUUCAGCAGUAGCUCUUACCUUACUGUUCAUAAGCGAAUACAUAAUGGAGAGAAGCCCUAUGAAUGCAGUGACUGUGGAAAAGCCUUCAGUAAUCCAUCUUCCCUUCGACUACAUGUACGAAUUCACACUGGUGAAAAACCGUAUGAAUGCAAUCAGUGCCUUCACCUCUUCCGCACUAGAUGUAGUCUCAAAACACACAAGAGAGUUCAUACUGGGGAGAAUCAUUAUCAAUGCAACCAGUGUGGAAAGGCCUUUAGCACACGCUCUUCUCUUACUGUGCACAAUAGAAUUCAUACAGGUGAAAAACCGUAUGCGUGUCAUGAUUGUGGAAAAACCUUUAGGAAGCGCUCACAUCUAACACAGCAUAUAAGAACUCAUACUGGAGAAAAACCAUAUGAAUGUAAUCAAUGUGGGAAAUCCUUCAGCAGUAGCUUUUCUCUUACUGUCCAUAAGAGAAUACAUAAUGGAGAAAAGCCUUAUGAAUGUAAUGACUGUGGGAAAGCAUUUAAUAAUCUUUCCUCUGUUAAGAAGCACAUGAGAACUCACACAGGAGAAAAACCAUAUGGAUGUAAUCAGUGUGGAAAAGCCUUCAGCAGUAACUCUUACCUUUCUGUGCAUAAGCGGAUACAUGAUAGGUAGCUAUAAGUGCAACAACUGUAGGAGAGCAUUCAUGGAUCACUUUUUGAAAAACUUGCGAGAACUCACACUGGAUAUAGUUGGCUAUUUGAUUCUGUAUAACAAACUUUUCUGGAAAACAAACAUUAUUCAGUUUCUUUAGAUCAAGUGUUCAAUAAGCUGUGGUUCUUGUUCCAAAUUUUUCAUGAGAUUACAAUAUGUCAGCCAUAAUUGGAGUAAGCUGUAGUCAUUAGGGAUGAGUGGUCCACUGUCAAGAUGGCUCACUCAUAUGGGUCUGACUAAUUUGUAGUGAUCAGGCCCUCAGUUUUCUUCUUGACCUUAUAAUAGAUGUCCUGUGUAGUGUUGAAAGCAAUGAAUUGAUAUCUGGUGGCAUACUGCUAACUGCAAAGUCAGCAGCUCAAAACCACCAGCUGCUCCAAAGGGGAAAUAUGAGGCUU